AUGGGGCAGAAUCAUUCCCUCGAAGCGCAAGAAAUCCCUGCGUUGGUGGCGUCGUUAGCCUCUGCCAACUCUAAUGACAAGACGAAAGCCGUCUCCACCUUGGCACAGCUGUCAAAGAAUGAAGCGCAUCAACGCAUCAUCGCCAAUUCCGGUGGCAUCCCAGUGUUAGUGACGCUGGUACAGCAUGGAACCAAAGGCCAAAAGACAGCAGCCGCGCUUAUACUAUCCAAACUCUCCACACAAACUUCACACAGGGCAGUAAUCGUGGCUUCUGGCGGGAUUUCGCCUUUGGUGGAGCUGAUUCGAGUCGGCAAUGGGGCUCAGAAGGAACACGCAGUGUCGGUGUUAUUCAAUCUGUGUAUGAACAGCAAUAACCGAGCGGAAAUCGCUGAAUCCGGCGCUAUCUUACCGUUGAUAACGUUGACGAAAGCCGUCUCCACCUUGGCACAGCUGUCAAAGAAUGAAGCGCAUCAACGCAUCAUCGCCAAUUCCGGUGGCAUCCCAGUGUUAGUGACGCUGGUACAGCAUGGAACCAAAGGCCAAAAGACAGCAGCCGCGCUUAUACUAUCCAAACUCUCCACACAAACUUCACACAGGGCAGUAAUCGUGGCUUCUGGCGGGAUUUCGCCUUUGGUGGAGCUGAUUCGAGUCGGCAAUGGGGCUCAGAAGGAACACGCAGUGUCGGUGUUAUUCAAUCUGUGUAUGAACAGCAAUAACCGAGCGGAAAUCGCUGAAUCCGGCGCUAUCUUACCGUUGAUAACGUUGGUACGGGAUGGUAGUUCGAGUCAGAGAGAAAAAGCGGCUGGAGUGUUGGCUUCGUUAGCGACUAGCGCUAAGAACCAAGUCUCGAUAACUGGCGCUCAUGGGGUCAACCCAUUGGUACAGCUGAUACGUAGUGGUGCAGUUGGCGAGAGAGUGAACGCCUUGUCGGCGUUGUGGGCUCUAUCGGCGAAUGAUACCAGCAAAGCGGAAAUUGUAGCUGCUAAAGGGAUCCCUCUUUUGGUCAAGCAGUUGAGAAGUGUUGGGGAAUACUCUAGAGAGGUUGCUGCUGGUACAUUGUGGAAUCUUUCGAUGGUUAAGGAGAACCGAAUGAGAAUUGCUGCAGCUAACGCUAUACCACCUCUAAUUGAGCUGUUGCGGACGGGGAAUACUAUUCACAAAACGAGAGCUGUGAGUGUAUUGACGAACCUUUCGACACUUCUGGGCUGCCAGCUUGCUAUUGCAGACGCAGGUGGCAUCGCUGCGAUGGUGGCUCUGAUAAAAAGUGGUAUUGAUUCUCAGAAGAAAAGUUCGUUAUUGGUGCUGUCGAAUAUUGCGGACAGUUCUAGUAAAGUCACAGCUGAGCUGGCAGCUCCAGGCACCGUUGCUGCUGUUGUGGCGAUGAUACGCAACGGUAGUGAAUCUGUAAUUCAGAACGCCACCACGUUUCUGGCAAUUUUGUCAUCAAACUCGUACAAUUCCGUGAUUGCUCAAGCUGGGGCUAUCCCGCCUUUAAUGGCGUUACUAUGGGAAGGCAGCACAUCAGUGAGAAGGAAGGCAACGCUGAUAUUGGCGAAUUUGUCGGUGGAUCCAGCCCACCGAGUAGCCAUCGCUGCUGCUGGAGGAAUUUCUGCGUUGUUGAUGCUGGUGAAGGACGGCAAUGACGAUCUUAAGGAGAUGGCUACGCUUGCGUUGUCGAAUUUAGCGAUGAAUCCAGAGAAUAAAGUGGCGAUAACAGCAGCUGGAGGCAUUCGAGCGUUCGUGAAAUUAUUGAAAGAGGGGAAUGACGCGCAGAGACACAACGCGGCGCUCGCCUUGUCGAUUCUCUAUCUCGAUAGAAGCAGCUCAGCCGCUAUCGUUACUAGUGGUGGCAGUUCCCCGCUUAUGGUGCACGCUCGUGAUGGUAGACGUCGUGAGAAAACAUACACUGCUCAGGUGUUAUCGAACUCAUCUGCGAGCACACAAAACAGCAGCCCAUCCUCACGAUAAUUUCCACAGGAAAUUUUCCCGUCUAAUCGCCUAUCGCAAACGUUGAGUAAAAAAAAAGCUGUGGAAACUACAAGCUGUUUGUUCAGGAACUCGUGGAAGUGGUAGAUUUCAGUAUUGGUGUUGGCAUAUACAAGUAAUAACGUGUAAUUCUAGAUUGUAC